AUGUCUGCCCUUACCGACCGCGACACAAACGCCCAGAUGGCUUCCAACAACGCCGAGACGAACGAAAAGCCAAAGGUCACUGGCACAGAGAACAAGUCGCAGCGGAGCCUCCAGCAGCAAAUCGCAAGCAACAACGCGACUGGCGACAAGUACAUCAGCCCUUCAGAUGCGAUCCUGAGCCCGGCGAGUCAGAAAUUGGCAGGUUUCAAGCAAAGGCAGAUCAACAAGCAGAACGGCAAGAACCCAACAGCCCGUUCGCUCUUCUCGAGAAGCGCCAGCAGUGUCAGCGGGGCCUCGUUGGACGACUCGGAAGACAUCUCUUCGAAGUAA